AUGAAUUUUGCCGUUCAAGAUGUAGAAGCACCUGCGUUGAGCGUUCAAGGUUCUAUAGAAGCAGACACGCCGCGUCGCGAGCGGCGGUCGCCAUUAGAUACUGGUGAAUCUAGCUGCACACCUUUAUCAGUUCCGUUGCCAUCUCGACAGCGGAUGAGAAGCGUCUCAAUCAUCGAGGGAAAGCAGUACGUCCCGAGGCAAAAGCCGCCGAUACUUCUAGCGCCAAAGCACGGCGGCGAAAGCUCGACCAACUUCUUUGACUUGAAGUCACGCAAGGUCAUAUUGCAUUGCUUUAAAACUCCACACGAGGCGCCGCUAUUCACUUUGGGAACCCAUUUCGGCGGAACAACCAUUCGCGACACCGAGGACGUCCCGUUUGCUAAGAUUUACGACUACAUCACUCCAGAAGAGCUGCAACGGUUCGAAAAUCGAAAUUAUGCUGAGGAGGAAGAGCAAGAGAGGAUACGCAUACUGACUGCCAAACCUCGAGGACGGCCCAGGAAGAAUCCAUUUGCCCCUCCAGGCUUGGAUCCAAAACACAAGGAUUCUGCUCUACGGCCCAAAACCUCGAUCUCUGGACUCAAACAUGAAGGCUACAACGCCUUCCGCAAAUUAAAUGCGGACGGUAAGCCAAGGCGUGGUAGACCGGUUGGCUGGCGGAAACAUGCAGGGGUGGCCAACGUGUCCGUGCCAUCUUUCAAUGGGCCGCAGCCUACCGGCAGGCACACCUCGUCUGCGAAUGAGGCUUCGGAUGAGGCUUCGGAUGCUGAAGGCCAGUCCGGAGAAGAAGACGAGACGUCAAGUGAGGAAAUAGAGGAUCCAAUAAAGAUCCAGGCGCGCCUAGGCGUUUAUUCAAUGGUCGCUGCCAGUGGAAUUGUGCCGACUGACCCAUGGAGUGAAUCAGAGGCUUCCCGCAGUAUCACGCCAGCGCUACCUAUCGAUGAUGACCCUGGAUAUUCACUUGAAUCUGAGCGAUCCUUGGCUGAUUCCUCGUUUGCGCAACAGCAAUCGUCAUUUCUUGCUGCCCCAAAUCCUCUCCCUUACAUCCAUCCAUCACCAAAGGUGAAUCCUACUGAGCACUUGAGAAUUGAGCAACCGGCACCAAAGCGUAGGAAAAUUGAGGUAAGAAGUGGAUCGAAUGAGAGAGCAAGCGUUUCAUCGACUCCUGCAUCUGAGAAGCCAUUACCAGGCAGAACCUUACCGACGCGUGAAAGCUUCUCGUUGCCUAGCAGACCAAGCACUCAUAGCACUGAAGUGUCUGCUGAAGACCAACGACUAAGUCUACUUGAGCAGUUCAAAGCUACAGCUGCCACCGGGAAUAGCGAGCCUAUGAUUGUAAGAAGUACUAUCAGUGACAGUUCACUGGAGCCAAUGGAGUCCACAGUCAAGCCCAAACAACACGUACAGCCAAAGACAAAACCAGAGUCUCCUUCGCCACCAUCGUCCCCUGAUGUGGGGAUGCUGAUAACACCGGAGAAUCAGGCAAAGCGGACGAGCAUGACUCCUAUGAUUCCAAGCAGUAAGAGUUCUUGCCGCUCUUCCAGAAUUUACGGAAAAGGGCAAAGCAUUUUCAUAUACAGCCCCAAAAGAUCAAAGAAGACUUCGUCGCAAGUGAAGCCGAAAAGCCGGCCUCCGAAGAUAUCAGAACCACCAAAGGCAAAAUUCCAACCACCACUGCCACCGGUACCGAAGACCCAACCACCGGAGUUGUCAGAAAUGGCGAAGGCAAAACGUCCAUCACAGCCAGCUACUUCGACAAGCACAAGUAUCAGUCUAGACCCAAGGCAGAGCGCCAAAUUUAAAGAAAUCGCCGACCAUUUCGCCCCGCGCCCAGAAAAUACGUUGACUGCUGCAAGACUCAACAAAUUCAUCCCAUCAUCAAAGACUGGCAGUCCGCAAAAGCCGAACAGCGACCAAGCGCACGCCUCGUCUAGCUCGCAAGGACCCUCAUCCAGCUCGGAGGAAGAAUCUGACGACGAGUCCGAAACGUCGUUUAUGGGCGUUCCGGAAAUCCCGGAAAGCGUCAGGAAGAAUAUUGACCCACAGCUUAUCAAUGCUGGUGCCAAACGGAGGAUGGAGAGCGAAAGUGGGGACAGUGAGGAAGAAGAAGCCGAAGACGGAGACGAAGACGAAGACGAGCUCGGAGAUGAUGAAGUCGAGCGGGAUAUCAGGAACAUGUUGGCCGUAACACAAGGUGAUAUGCGCCGGAGGCAGUUGCAGGUGCGUAAGCAUCGGUAG